UAUCUGUAGCAUUUUUAGUAUGGCAACAACUUUCUGUUUACAUUUAAAAUGAGAAACCGCGUAGCAUUGUUUUGAAUUUGUUGUAAUUCGAAAAUUUGUGUGCAGAAACGAAUUAUGAUUCAUUAAAAUAAUUGAUACAUCGAUAUAUAAUGAUUUUGUUUGCGCCUGUACUGAAAAGUUAUGUUUUAAAAUGAGUCAACUUACAGAAGAGCAACGAAAACGAAUAGAAGAAAAUCGAAGAAAGGCUUUAGAAAUUAGAGCUAAAAGGUCUGCCAAUGAAUCAAAUUUCAGUAACUGUAUCUCAUCUUCAGCACCAGCUACAACAAAAAGCAAGAAUUUUGUGUCUUCAGUUUCUUCUGCAAAAAGCAUCCAUAGACCAUUUUUGCUAAAGGACCCUGAAGGCAAUUUUACUGUUAGUGCACGUAGUUUGUCUUCCAAAUUUAAACCAAAUGAGACUUUGCUCAAUAAUAAAACUUCCGAAAAUAUAAAAACAAAAAAUCCUUUUGAGAUCAGAGUAAAAGGUCCUUGUGUACUUGUAUCUCGAAAACGAUUUUUUGUAAAUAUUGGUUAUAACAAGGAACUUAUCGAUGUAUUCAAAAGUAUACCGAGCAAGUUAUAUGAUGCCCAGACAAAAAAAUGGAAUUUUCAUAUCGAUGAUCACGAUAAACUUAUAAAUCUCGCCAGGCCUCUGCAGCCGAAAACAUUUGUCAUACCUUUGCCAAAGUUUAUUCUGAAAAUUUUUUCCAAUGCUUCUGAAAAUCGAAAAAUUGAUGAGCGAGAUUUGUCCUCGUUAGAUCCAAAAUUACAGAAAUCUUUACUCCCAUUUCAGAAGGAGGGAGUUUAUUUUGCCUUACAACGUGGGGGAAAAGUUCUUAUUGCAGAUGACAUGGGCCUAGGUAAAACUAUUCAAGCGAUAGCAAUCGCUAAUUAUUUUUCCAAGGAUUGGCCUCUUCUUGUCGUCACUCCCUCCUCCCUGAGGUAUGCCUGGUUCGAAUCUUUUUGUACUUGGCUACCCUCUAUAGAUAAGCAAGAAAUAGGCAUUAUCUCCUCUGGCAAAGAUCACAUACCGAAUAAUAAGGUUGUCAUAAUAAGUUACGAUCUACUUUCCAAGCUUCAAGAGGCCAUUAUUGCGAGAGGAUUCAAAUCCGUAAUCUUCGACGAAAGCCAUUUUUUAAAGAAUCAUAAAGCGGUGCGGACGAAAGCAUCUCAAGCUGUAAUGAGAGGUAUGAACAGAAUUAUCAUGCUGUCGGGCACUCCCGUGUUGUCUAGGCCGAUCGAGCUUUUCACUCAAAUUUCUGCUCUGAGGAGAGAUUUGUUUAGUUAUAAGGAAUAUGGGAUGAGAUAUUGCAAUGGUAAGGAGAUGCCCUGGGGCCUUGAUUUUUUCGGUUCUUCGAAUAUGGAAGAACUACAACUCGUGCUGGAGGAGGUGCUGAUGAUUCGCAGAUUGAAAUCCGACGUCUUAAAGCAGUUGCCUGCUAAAAUACGUCAAAUGAUAGUUCUGAAUCCAACUUUGUCCAAGAAAAGUUCGAUUCUGAAAAUGAUGUCUAGCCGAGUGCACGAAGAGAAUUUGCAAGGAAUGGAAAAAAGAGCUGCUCUGCUGGAAUAUUACCACGAGACGGGACAAGUGAAACUGAAAGCUGUCGUCGAAUAUAUAACCGAUCUUUUGGAAUCUGAGAAGAAAUUUAUAUGCUUUGCGCACCACCGGAACGUGAUGGAUGGUAUAAGUGCUGCGAUUGAGGCGAAAAAAGUAGAUUAUAUCCGCAUCGACGGCAACGUGUCGUCCGAAGAUAAGAAGAAACUCUGUGAUAAAUUUCAAUUAAAUGAUGCGUGUAGAGUGGCAGUUCUCAGCAUAACGUCGGCGAAUUGCGGCCUCACACUCACUGCUGCCAGCUUGGUCGUGUUCGCCGAGCUUUUCUGGAAUCCCGGUAUUUUGACUCAGGCGGAGGAUAGAGCCCAUCGUAUCGGACAGGAAGACUCCGUUGUUGUUCAGUAUUUAGUCGCCAAGGGUACUGCGGAUGAUGAUAUAUGGCCGCUCGUGCAGCUUAAAUUAGAUGUUCUAAAUAAAGCUGGCUUGAGCAAAGAUAACUUUAAGUCUGCCGAUACUCUGCAACGAAAUGAUGUGGCUCAAACAUGUUUGAGUGAUUUUUGGGGUGAUCUCAAUGAAACUUUAGAUAUAAGUGAUGCAGAUUUUGACUUAAGCUGUGAUAUCCCUGAGAAGCGAUUAAAAUUGGAUGAAGAAUAAUGUGAAACUGUGUGAAAAGAUUUUUAUUUAAGGAUGAUAAAAUCUCUGUGAGAUGAUUGUCUAUAAUUUUCUUUCCUCUAGUUUGAAAUAAACAGCUGUCUUCGUUCA